CUCUCUCUCUCUCUUAACUAGCUUCCAUGGAAGAAGAGGAUACGGAUCCAUCGCCCCCGGGAACUGCUGGCAGAUCGUAUGAGUGUGUGUUCUGCAAGAGAGGCUUCACAACUGCACAAGCCUUAGGUGGACACAUGAACAUUCAUAGAAAGGACAAGGCCAAUAACAGAACCAAACCUACUACUACUUUUCUUAUUCCUUCUUCAACUCAACUUCAUCAUUCCGAUCAUCAUCUCGGCUUCUAUUACUUUUCAUCAUCAACUUCCACACGGAAUAACAACAACAACAACAACAAUAUCUAUGAGGUUCAUUCUGAUUGUUCUUCUUCCAAUCAAGGUUAUUUUCCUCCACCCAAGGAGAGAAACUUGAGUUUUUGCAAUAAUAAUAAUAAUCCAUCAUCAUCAUCAUGUGUUGCUCAAGUUAAAGACAAGGUACAAGAUAACAGUGAUGAAGGUGGCGGCCUUGAUUUAGAGCUCAGACUUGGUCAUCAUCAUCCUUAAUUAAUUAAUAACUAGCAUGCAUAUUAUAAAGCCUAAUUUUGAUUAGCCUACAUAUAUUAUUGUUAUGUCAUACAUAGCUUGAAGCUUCUUCAAUGGAGAAAUAAUGAUGGCUUAACUGCUCUGGAUCCAUCCAUUUUCUGAUGCUGAGAAAUAAGGCAGGUACUCCUGAACUUACCUUUUUAUCCACAAAAAUUGUGUAGCCACAUCAUAUUCUAGGGUUUCUAUGCUUAUAUAUACUAGAAGCUCCUAAUUCAUAUAUAUUAUGUGAAUUAAUUAAUUAUUGUAAUUUUUUUCUAAAUAAAUCUAUAUA